AUGUCUGUUAACAGAACGAUUUCUUUAGAAAAUGGCAAGUUUGAUCUAUCUGACACAAUAGUCAACAUUGUCGAAUUAUUCUGUGGUAUUCCGUCUUUAGUUAUGAUGAUAUGUUUCCUAUUUUUAAUGGGAUUCUCUAAAGUUUACAAAAAUGCGUUUUACAAACUGGUGCAGAUGGAUUUAUUAAUUAACCUUUUGGUCUACACAAACACCUUGCUGUCGCUCCGACUGGAACUUCUCCCGUUCUGUAUUUUCAUUCUGAAAUUCAUCGAAAAAUCUGUGCCGGGUUUUUUGACAUGGACCAAAUAUUUUGCCUGGUGGUUUCUCCACAUUCAAUUUUUAUCGGCAGCUUCGUUGACUGUUCACAGAAUUUCUGCAAUUUAUUGGCCAUAUAAAUAUGAUAAGUUCUGGUCAAAAUACUACCUUCAUUGUGGUCUAGCAUUUGCAUUAUACAGUUUCCUUCCAACAUUUUUCUGGCUCGACUUUGCCAUCAAAGUGGAAAUUCAAAAUGAAACACUUGUAACGAUUGUAUACCCUGAAGUUCUUGCAAAAGCCAAUAACGUCACCGCAAUAUUCACUGUAUUAUAUUUUAUCAUUUUCAUUGCUUUGGGAGUCAUGGCAUCUGCAUACUUCAGUAAACAGCAACAAAUUCUCUCCACUAUGCAUGAGACAGUUUCCAAAAAGCUUACAAGAAUUGCUAUAACCUAUUGCAUUGUUUUUACUGGAGUUUUGUCAUGGACUGUUCUCACUUCAUUAAAUAACUUGUUCCGACUUCUCCCCGACUUCCUAUUAAGAUUCAUUCAGCCUUUGUUGCUGUAUUCUUCUGAUUUGAUGACGCUAUCACUGCCUUAUAUUCUACUCGUUUUUGACAGCAAUGUAAAACGGCAAAUUCUACCAAAAAGGCUUAAAAAGAAAACGACUGUCUCAACUGUAAUGGUUGUUUCCCACUAAAUUCAUGUGCAUAUAAAUUUUCCACUGUUUAUUUUUUAUUUAUCUGAAUAUGGAUUUUACCUCUUAAUUUUAACCU